AUGGUUAUUUCAUUUCAGGUCCAGUAUGAGCUUCCCGUGUCCUGUGCCCACUCCCUGUGCCCUCUCCAGCUUCCCGUGUCCUGUGCCCUCUCCCUGUGUCCUGUGCCCACUCCCUGUGCCCUCUCCAGCUUCCCGUGUCCUGUGCCCACUCCCUGUGCCCUCUCCAGCUUCCCGUGUCCUGUGCCAGUUCUGCCAGCGGUGCCCGCUGCUGUGCCCAUGCCCGCUGGCCUUCUCCGAGAGAGCAUGCUGGGCUGCGGGUGGGUGGUGCUGUGGUUGGCGGGGGUGUGGUGGCGGGCCGCGGGGGUGUCGGGGCUGGACUUGUGCCCCUUUGGUUCCGCCUCCUCGGUCAACUUCACCGUGCCGUACCCCAUGCCAGUCUACCAGGCGGCCGGGCCCAUUCAGAACAUGGUGCCCAACGAGCAGUACCAGGAGGUGUACGUGGCGUCGCAGAACCAGAUUGUGGCGCUAAACGGCAGCCUGGUGCCAACGUGGCGCCUCCGCACGGGUCCAGUGGGGGGCGCGGAGUGCCCGCUGUGCCGCCUGUGCCCGCUGGCUGACCCCGCCCUCCCGGAGAACACGGACAGCCAGGUGCUGCUGCUGGACCCCUUCCUGAUGUACCUGUACGCCUGCGGCAGCUCCCAGCACGGGGUCUGCUACUUCCACCAGCUGCACGCUGGACACCGGCCGCACCCCUCGCGCUGCCUGUUCCGUAGCGAGCGCAACUCGCCGGCCGCUUGUCCCGACUGCAUCGCCAGCCCGCUGGGCACGCGCGUGGCCAUGGUGGAGGAGGGCCAGACCGUCUACUUCUUCGUGGCGGCGACGGUGAACGACAGCGUGACGCAGCGCUACGGACGGAAGUCCAUCUCCGUGCGCCGGCCGCUCUGGACGGAGGACGGUUUCCACGGCGACGUGCAUGGCCUGACGGUGCUGCCGGAGCUGCGGCAGAGCUACUCCAUCCGCUACGUCUACAGCUUCCACACCGACGAGUUCGUCUACUUUGUAUCCGUCCAGCGCGAGAGCCCCGAGCUGGACGCUGGGCCGCCUUCCAGACCUGCUCGACGCUUGCCCCGCACGGAGUGGAGACGCUGAGGCCACCGCGAGGAGGUGGUGCUGGAGUGCCGCUUCGAGCCCAAGAGGAGGCGCAGGAGGAGACGCAGCAGGAGGCAGGGCGAGCCCGAGGGGAGACGCGGGAGGAGACGCAGCAGGAGGCAAAGCGUGCCCAAGGACGUGGUGUACAACGUGGUGCAGGCGGCGCACUUCGGCAAGGCCGGCCGCGAGCUGGCCGAGGAGCUGGGCACGGAGGAGAAGGACGGCAUCCUGUACGGCGUGUUUGCCGUGACGGACGACACGGGCGUCCCUGACCACGACUCGGCGCUCUGCGCCUUCCCCAUGGACUCGGUCAACAAGGCCAUCGAGGACGGCGUAGAGCUCUGCUGCAAAUCGGGCCCCGAACAACUGUCCAGGGGCCUGUGCCACUUCCAGCCCUGUGAGAGCUGUCCACACGAGAGCAUGGAGAACAACGCCACGUGUAAGGACCAGCCCACCAUGGUGUCCAAGCCCUACUACAGGGUGGACCUGUUCAACAGAGAGAUGACCAGUGUGCUGCUCACCGCUCUGCUCGUCACCACCAUCCAGAACAAGACCGUCGCCCACAUCGGGACAUCAGAUGGACGCCUUCUACAGCUGGUUCUGAGGAGGUCCAGUCCGGUCAUCUUUGCCAACUACUCCCUGGUGGAAAACCAACCGGUCUCCAUGGCAGCGGUCUACUCCAACAACUCACUGCUCUUCGUUGUGGGAGACAAGAUGGUCCAGGUGCCCCAGCGCGGUCCCGGCUGUAGCCACUUCCUGUCGUGUGCCGCCUGCUUGAUGGCGCCGCGCUUCAUGGGCUGUGGCUGGUGCUCAAGCCGCUGCUCCUGGGAGGCGGAGUGCCACGCCCACUGGAGGAACGAGUCCUGCCCACCUGGCAUCACUGAGUUUUUCCCCAAGACAGCACCCCCUGAUGGGCAGACAGAACUGACGCUGUGUGGUUGGGGAUUCCAGUCCCCACCCCGUCCCGCUAUCAGCGCUAAAACUCACGAGGUGCGUCUUGGGGAGACGCCAUGCCACGUACAGCCCAAGGACAGCAGCAGCACACGCCUAGUGUGUAAGAUCCGGUCCGGCUCAUCCCAGCUCUUCAGGCCGGUCACGGCGGUUCCUGACAUCACGCAGGUGCACCCUGACUACGGGCCAGUGGACGGCGGGACGCCCAUCACCGUGACAGGACCUCACCUGGACGCCGGCAAGACCAGAAGGGUCACUCUGGACGGAGAGGCCUGUCCAGUGGAGAGUGUGUUUGCGGUUGGGGAGAACGUGUGGUCCAUCGUGUGUGUGUCCCAGCCGGUCAGUGAGGUGCGGGACGUGGUCCUGCGCGUCUACAUCGAUAAGUCGCACGUCCAGACCACCAAGAUCUUUCGCUACAAGGAGACGCCCCAGAUCACCGACGUCCGACCGGACUGCAGCUUCGAUCGUGGUUCCAGAAUCACUAUUGAAGGACAAAAUCUGGACUCUGUGUACCGCACCAUCAUCCACUUCAAGCCCAACGAGAUCCACCUGAAGCCAGUUUCCAUAGAGUGUCUGGGUAAGGCACAGCCAACGCAGAUGGAGUGUGUGACACCAGAGUUUCCGCAUGACGAGUCGGAGUCGGGCGAGCUGACCCUUGACAUGGAUGGAGCCCGCGGGCUUUGGAGGGGAGACUUCCAGUACCACCCGUACGGCAGCCCCAUCCCCUUCGAGACCGAGGGCCACAUCCUGCGCCUGUACCCUGGCCUGGACGAGGUCUCCCUGCAUCACCAAAAGCUCAACCAUGUAAAUUCCUGCAUGACCAUCACAAUGACGGUGGGCGGAGUGGACUGUGGUGCCAAGGUUCUGGAUAAUGAGAUCACCUGCCGCAUCCCAAAGAACCUGACCAUCCCCAGUGAAGGCCUGCCAGUGAAGGUGUAUAUCAAUGGGCAGGAGCAGGACGUGGGCACGGUCAUCCUGGUGUCCAACCACUACAUGGUGGGCAUUGGCCUGGGCAUCGUUGCCGCACUGGUUGCCGGGGCGGUGUUGGCUUUCGCCGUCAUGAAGCACCUGAGGAAGAAGAAGAAAGGGGGCGUAGUGGAGAGCCACUUGGCCCAACUGUCCCACAACCACAACAGAAAUAGCAGUCUGGACACGUCCCCUCCCGGAGAUUACAGACGAGUGGCACCCCUGUCGUCCCCCCUGGGUGUGAGUAGGCCGGUGGGGUAUCCUGGGCUGGCAUACGCGGGCAGCCUGGACCCAGCUCUCACCCCCCUGAUGCCCCAGGAGAACAUCAGCACGUCCAGCCUGCGGCCAGAACUACUGGAGGAGGUCAAGAACGUCCUCAUUCCGACCCAGACCCUCAAUGUGCACCGGCACCACGUCAUCGGCAAGGGUCACUUUGGGACAGUGUAUCACGGCUACCUGAAGGACCAGAGCGGCCACGAGGUCCACUGUGCGGUCAAGUCCCUCAACAGGAUCACUGAUGUGGAGGAGGUGGAGCAGUUCCUGAAGGAGGGCAUCAUCAUGAAGGCUCUGCACCACCCCAACGUGCUCUCCCUGCUGGGCAUCCUGCUGCCUGAGGAGGGGCUCCCCCUAGUGGUGCUACCCUACAUGAAGCACGGAGACCUGCGCCACUUCAUCCGCUGUGAGAAGAGGAGUCCCACUGUAAAGGACCUGAUUGGCUUUGGCCUGCAGGUUGCCAUGGGGAUGGAAUAUUUGGCACAGAAAAAGUUUGUUCACAGAGAUCUGGCCGCAAGGAACUGCAUGCUGGAUGAGUCCUACACAGUGAAGGUGGCGGACUUUGGCAUGGCUCGGGACGUGUUUGAUAAGGAGUACUACAGCGUGCAGGAUCACAAGAAGGCCAAGCUGCCCGUCAAGUGGAUGGCCAUCGAGAGCCUCCAGACUCAGAAGUUCACCUCCAAAUCAGACGUGUGGUCAUUCGGCGUCUUGCUAUGGGAGAUGUUGACCCGGGGAGCGAGUCCUUAUCCUGAGGUUGACCCCUAUGACAUCACACACUACCUGCUGAAGGGACGGAGACUUCCGCAACCACAAUACUGCCCUGACCCCCUAUACGCAGUGAUGCUGCGCUGUUGGGAUCCAGAGGCCGACCGGCGACCCUGUUUCAGCUCGCUGGUUGCCGAGGUGAUGAGCAUCUUGUCGGGGCUGGAGGGGGAGCACUACAUCAGCCUCAACGUCACCUACGUUAACCUGGACCAGCCGCGGCCGUACCCUGCCCUGACCGACUCUGCUGACGAGCAGGACAGCUCAGACGCCGAGUCCACGUAGCCACCCGCCACUCAACACAUCUCCUAGCAACAAAGGGUCUGAAGUCAAGCCAUCAUGAAAGAGAUUAUUUAUAAAAGCAU